UAGGUGUGUCCAGUGUGCCCUGCAUCAGUUCUAUUUUUACUGGUGUAAACAUAGCUAACCAUGUGCUCCACACUCAGGGAAAACACAGGCAGAGACUGUCUGGUGUACAUGAAGUCCAGCAGCUGACCUGUGGGGUCAGGACAGAGGCUGCAGGGCCAGGAGGGUGUCUGGCAGCAGGUCCUGGUACUGUGGGUGAGCAGUUUGUGACUGUCCAGCUGUACACUCAGGAUUUGUUGGCUUCUCUAUGUAAGUUUCAUUCUUCAAUAAAAAACUUGAAAGAUGAAGAAAAGGUCAAUAGCUACAGCAGCUCUAUUUAAUUAGUGUCUGAUCUCACAUUCGGCCUUUCUGUGUUGCUUAAUUUAUUUUAGGGUGCACAGGUACAUUGUGUGCAUCUAAUUGGAGAGUUUCUUGCUUCUUGUAAGUCUAAUUUUAUUUCUUACUGUUACUCAUUUAUUUGGAUUUGCUUCUACUGGUUUUGUUUGUAUGUUCUGUGCAUUUCCUUUGCCCUGUGCCUUUGUUUCAUUUUGUUUCAAAUCUCCUUGUUUUGUCUUUAUCCCUCCACACACAGUGAGGGACCAUCUUGGUGGGCAGGGCCAUGGGUCUGGGGCAGGCAAGGGUAGGUCGGUGCCUGGAAGGCCAGCCGUGCCGCAGCAUGAGGGUACCACCCUGAGUGGCUGGCAGUGAAGAAGGGGGCAGGGCGGGGUCUUCCUGUGUCCCUUUCUCUCCCCUCAGCACCUGAGUGACUGCAGGAGCCCCACUGCCUGCAGGAGCCCAGGGCAUAGGUGAUGGAGGCCCUGUUCCCAUCUGCUUCGCUCCAGCCGUGGGACCAGCACUGAGUGCGAGGGGAGCCUGGACAAGAGAGAGUGGCAGAGCGGUCCCAGGCCAGUCACACCGACCAGCAAGGAGAGCAGCCUGGGCUGUGGGCCCCAGGUUGGGGUCAACCUGUGCACGGAUCAGAGACCUCACAACUGUGAUACAUAUGAGCAAAGUGACCCAAGAGUGUACCUCAACAACCAUAAACAUGUGCACCAGGCAAAAAAAAUCAAAUACAGUUCAUGAUGCAGGAGAAAUCAUAAAUUCAAACUUAGUUGUUAGAGAAGAUCAGAAAAUUCCCGCUGGAAAAAAACUGCAUUAUUGUGGUCACUGCGAGAAGACCUUCAGGUACAGUGCCAACCUUGUCAAACACGAGCGGCUUCAUCAUGAGGAGAAGCCCUACCAGUGUGGCGAGUGUGGGGAGGCCUUCGGCCAGAGGCCCAACCUCGUGAAGCACCAGCGCAUCCACACCGGGGAGAAGCCCUACGAGUGCGCCGAGUGCGGGAAGGCCUUCGGCGACGGCUCCAUCCUCAUUCGGCACCGCCGGACUCACCCGGAGAAGCCCUUUGAGUGCAAAGAAUGCGGCAAAGGCUUCACUCAAAGCUCUAACCUGAUCCAACAUCAGAGAAUUCACACCGGAGAGAAGCCCUAUAAAUGCAACCAGUGCGAGAAAGCCUUCAUCCAGAAAACCAAACUUGUCGAACAUCAGAGAAGCCACACCGGAGAGAAGCCCUACGAGUGCACCGCCUGCGGUAAGGUCUUCAGCCAGAGCACGCACCUCCUCCAGCACCAGCGCAUCCACACGGGCGAGAGGCCCUACAGCUGCGCCGAGUGUGGCAGGGCCUUCCACAACAGCUCCAGGCUCCUUCAGCACCAGUGGUCACACCGCGGGGAGAAGCCCUACGCCUGCAGUGACUGCAAGAAGGCCUUCAGCCAGAGCGCGUACCUGGCGCAGCACCGCAGGGCGCACACGGGCGAGGAGUCCCACCGGUGCGGCGCGUGCGGCAAGGCCUUCCGCCACAGUGCCAAGUGCCAGCGCCGCAGGGCGCACACCUGGGAGAAGCCCCACCAGUGCAGCGAGUGCGGAAGGCCUCCCGCCACAGCGCCAAGUGCCAGCGCCGCAGGGCGCACACGGGCGAGCAGCCCCACCGGUGCGGCGCGUGCGGCAAGGCCUUCCGCCACAGUGCCAAGUGCCAGCGCCGCAGGGCGCACACGGGCGAGCAGCCCCACCAGUGCGGCGCGUGCGGCAAGGCCUUCCGCCACAGUGCCAAGUGCCAGCGCCGCAGGGCGCACACCUGCGAGAAGCCCCACCAGUGCAGCGAGUGCGGAAGGCCUCCCGCCACAGCGCCAAGUGCCAGCGCCGCAGGGCGCACACGGGCGAGCAGCCCCACCGGUGCGGCGCGUGCGGAAGGCCUUCCGCCACAGCGCCAGCGAGUGCCAGCGCCGCAGGGCGCACACGGGCGAGCAGCCCCACCGGUGCGGCGCGUGCGGAAGGCCUCCCGCCACAGUGCCAAGUGCCAGCGCCGCAGGACGCACCUGCGCAGCGACCUCCGCCGCUGAGCGCUCGGUGGGGUGAGGCCGCUGUGUUGGUUACAGAGGCCUCGGCUCGUGGCCCAGAAGGGUACGUACUCCCUCGGAGAGACGGAAACCCAAGCUCCUGUAACCUCGCCCGCGUGGAGACUUGGGGAAGGAAAUGCUGAGCGCCAGAAAAAGGAAAAGGAAGACGCUCGUGUGCUUGUCCGCGGAAAAGAAGUUCCUCCACCGUGGCUGUUUUCCGUGUCACGAAACCCACGCUAGAGAGAACUUUGUUCACACAGGACACAUUUUUACGUACUGUAAUUACAAAAAGUAACGUAUUCAUUCUUUUCCAUGUCACUGAGUUAAAAAUUGCUUUUUAUUUAUUAUAGCGGUAAAAUAUGUAUAACAUAAAAUUUUCCACCAGUCAUUUUCAAAGGUGCAGCGGUGGCAUUGAGCACAUGUACAGAGUUGUGACCCUCACUGCUGUUUCCAGCCGCCUUCUGGUGUCCCGAACAAAACUCUGCCUCUUUUUUUUUUUUUUUUUAACUUGUAGAUGUAGAUGGACACAAUGUCUUUAUUUUAUUUAUUCAUUUUUAUGUGGUGCGGAGGCUUGAACCCAGUGCCUCACACGUGCUGGGCAAGCGCUCUGCCACUGAGCCACAGCCCCAAAACUCUGCCUCUUAAACAGCAGCUCUCCCAGGUAUUGCUUCUGUAACCUCCGCUCAUUCUGUCUCUGAAUUUACCUCUUAGGAACCUCAUGCAAGAGGAGUCCUGAAUGUCUGCCUGUGUUCCCCAGCACUGUGGUCCAGGCUCCGGGCGUUCAGCCUGUAUCGCCACUCCCUUCCUUUUGCAGAUGUAGGAUUCCGCCUGUGGCUGGACACUGGGUGUGCACUCGAUGUUGAGGUCCUUGUAGGAUGUGUGUGGAGCCUGGCUUUCAGGACCUCUGCGUCGGAGCCUGCAGCCGAGUGUUGGGUCCGCAGGAGCUGCCGCAGGAGCUGCCGCAGGAGCUGCCUACCUUCGCACCCCCACCAGCCUGUGUUCUCUUCUGCUUUUCAUAGCAGCCAUCCUCAGAGCCGUGAAGUGGCACUGCGGUUUUGAUUUGCAUUUCCUUAAUGACCAGUCAUGUUGAGCAUACUUUCAGGUGUUUACUGACCAUUCGUAUAUUUUCUUUGGAUAAAUGUCUAUUCAAGUUCUUUGCCCAUUUUUAAAUUGGGUCUUUUUAUUUUGGGUGAGUUGUAGUAGUUUUCAUAUCCUUGGAUAUUAAUCCCUUAUCAGAUACAUGAUUUGAAAAUAUUUUCUCCUAUUUUGUGAGCUAUCUUUUCACUCUCAUGGUAGUGUCCUGUGAUGCACAAAAUUUUCAAUUCUGAUGAAGUUCAGGUUAUCUGUUAUUUCUUUUAUUGCCUAUGCUUCUAGGUGUCACAUGUGAGGAAUCAUUUCCAAGCACGAGGUCAUGAAGUUUUUCUAUUGUGUAUAGUUCUAAGGAAUUUAUAGCUUUAGGUCUUACAUUUUGGGUCUUUGGUCUAUUUAGAGCUAAUUUUUGCAUAUGGCAUAAGGUGAGUCUAACGCCAUUCUCCUAUGUGUGGAUACCCAGUUUCCCAGCAGUGUUGUCAACAGACUUUCCCUUCCGUGCUGAAUGCAUCGUCAGUCAGCUAGGCUGCCACAAGAGUACCACAGGCUGGAUGGUUUAACCACUCAGGUUUAUUUCUCACAGUCAUGGAGGCUGAAGUCCAGGUGAAGGUUCCAGUUAGUCCUGUGAGGGCUCUCUUCCUGACUCGCAGAUGGCUGCCUUCUUUCUGUGUCCUCACAGGGCAGAGAGAAAGAGGCUGGUGUCCCUUCCUCUCAAAAGCAACAACCCUCGCUGGGCAUGGCGCUUCACACCUGUAAUCCCAGCAAUUUAGGAGGCUGAGGUAGGGAUUCCAAGUUUGAGGCCAGCCUGGGUCACUUAGUGGGGCCCAGAAUACAAAGGGGGCGGGGCUGGAGUGGGUGGAGCUCAGCGUAGAAGCUCAGUGUAGAGCACUGGGUUCAAUCCCUGGCACCUAAGGGGAAAAGCAACAGCCCUGUUGGAUCAGGGCCACCCCUAUGAGCUUAUCGAAUUAAUCUUUACCACCUUCUCAGAAGCCCUAUCUCCACGUACAGCCCCAGUGGGGUUAGGACUUAAGCAUGUGAAUUUGGGGGACCCAAACAUUUAGUCGUUGCUGAAAAUCAAUGGGUCAUGUCCGUGAGAAUUCAGUUCUGCACUAUUUUCUUCCACUCGGCAUGCCUAUCCUUAUGCCACUGUGACAAGGUUGAACGUGGCUUCUCUGGCUGAGGGUCAAAUGCAGGAGGCCUGGUACCGAAUGUGGUGAUGUCAGGGGACUGGGUCUCUCAGCAGGUGGAGCCUAGGGAAAGGUGAUUAGGUAAGGAGUGGGGAGCCAUCCUUGCAGGAAUUAGCUCAGGUCUCAGGGCCCAGAGUUCUCUUGAGAAUGGAGGUUAUGGGUGACUAGAAGGCAUUAUGUGGGGCUGGGGCUGUUGCUCAGUGGUGAGCACUUGCCUAGCACAUGUGAGGCACUGGGUUUGAUCUCAUCACCACAUAAAAAUAAAUAAAGGUAUAAAAAUACAAUAACCUUGUUUUAAAAAAGGUAUUAUGUUAUAGUAAUAGGAAGUGGAUUAAGACAGGAGAUUGGUACUGAGAAUGGGGUAUUUGCCAUAAUGGCACCUGAAAAUAUGGAAGGGACUUUGGAACUGGGUAAUGGGCACAGGUUGGAAGAGACUGGAGGAACAGCCUAGAAUGCUGUAAGUGGAGGAUUAUGGGUGAUUCUGGUGAGGGCUUAGUAGAUAAGAAGCUAGAAAUUUUGAGAGAUUGGUUAAGUGUUUAUGAUCAGAAUGCUGAUAGAAAUAAGACUAUCCUGCUGGGCACUAGAGUAAAGGCCAUUGUGAGGAUCUCACUGCAUUGUGUCCAGGAGGGCUUUGUGGUGGGCCCACCCUAACACUGUGAAGAUGGGGACAUUUCUGAACAAGACAUUUAGGCUGCUGCCUGGUUACUUUCAACUGUUCAUGCUCAGACUCAGGGACAAAGGGGAGCAGAGUGGGAACAUCUGGAAAAUGCGCAGAUUGUCCAGGAAAAGAGCAAAGACGAAGCUGUGAGGAUGCAGGUGUGGCCUGUGGCCACUUGCUGCUCAGGUGCUGGGAACGAAAGGGAGCCAGAGUGUGCAUGGGGGUCUAGAGGCUGCUCCCCUUCACAGGGCAGGAAGGCAUGGUGGAAUACCCUUGGGCAGUCUCCGCGGCUCACUGCCCAGGGCCGCCCCUGGAUCAGCUUCCUGCUUUCUAGGGAAGUGCUCCAAAGUUUCUAGACCCAGGCAUGGCUGAUCUGCCACUCUUCAGGGAGCAACCAGUAGACCUUGGUGACUUCCAGAAGGAGUUGGCUCUGCUGGCGUGCAGGAUGCUAGAGCUGCAGUCACAGACGCUUCCACCAAGCUUUAAAGGAAAUGCUGGGCGCCAGACAGGCCUGCUUCAGGGUUUCUCCCCGCCACGCCUAGUGCAGCCUCUGGAGUAGGACCACCACUUCUGAGACCCCAGAAAGGUAGAUGCACUGGCAUCUGCAAAGCCAGCCAGGGAAGCCGUGGCACUGGCCUCCCCUCCUGAGGGAAGAGCAGUUGGGGGCCCCUGUGCCCCACAGUGUGCACAGGAUGCUGCCCAAACUUUUAAGAUUUAGUGCCCUGCUGGGUUUUGCUUGGCGGAUAUCUAGAAAUGUCUACCCUCCCUGUCCUGCCUUUGUGUCUUGGAAGUAUGUGACUUUUUUAUUUUAUAGGCUUCCUACUGGAAGGGGUCUACCUUGAGUCUUGAAUGAAACUUUGGACUUGGACUUUUGAGCAAUGCUGGAAAGAGCUUAGCUCUUGGGACUGUUGGGGAUUGGAUGUGUUUAUUUUGUACUGUGAGAAGGACAUGAUGAAGCUUGGGGUUCAGGGGUAGAAUGCUGUGGUUUGAUGUGGUUUGUUAUUGGUGCCCAGUGUGAUGGUGUUGAGAUGGUGGAACAUUCAAUCCCCUGUACAAAAAAAUUGUUAUAAGGGAGCCUGGUACCUUCCUUGAAUUCCUCUGUGAUGUCAUCUGUCAUGAGGCCCUCACCAGAACUAAGAAGUACCUGGCACCAUGCUUUUGAAUCUCUAGAACUUUGAGGUAAGUAAAUCUCUUUUCUUUAUAAACUAUCCAGCCUCAGGUGUUUUGUUAUAGUAACAUAACAUAAAAUGAACUAAGACAAAGGCACAUCCAUGCUGUUUUCAUUAUUAUAACUCUGUAUUAAGUUUUGAAAUUAGGAUGUGUGAGUUCUCCAAUUUGUUCUUCUUUUUCAGGAUUAUUUUGGUUAUUUGGAGUCCCUUGAUGUUUCACAUGAAACUUAGGAUGGGUUUUUUUGAAUCUGCAAAAAAUGUUAGGAUACUGUUAUCACCUUAACGAUACUAAGUCUUCCAAAUGAUGAGCAUGGAAUAUGUUUCCAGUUAUUCAUGUUUUUCAACUUUCAGUGAUAUUUUGUACUUUCUAUGUAUGAAUCUUUUGCCUCUUUAUUCCUUUUAAUGCUACUAUGAAUGAAAUUGUUUUUUCAUUUCCUUUUUAUUUUUUCAGGAAUAUUUGUGCCUUAAUUUUAUGUCCUGCAACUUUGCUAAAUUCAUUGGUUAGCUCUUAUGUACUUUUUUGAGCAGUCUUGAGGGUUCUCUUCAUAGAAGAUCAUUGCCAGCUCUGGACUGAGAUAUAAUUUUACUUCUAUUUCAUUCCAGUUUGGAUGCCUAAUGCUUCCUUUUCUUGCCUAACUUCUCUAGCUAGAAUUUCCAUUAUUGUGUUGAAUAGAAGAGGCCAAAGUGGGCAUCCUUAUGUUGUUACCGAUCUUAAGGCUUCUAGGCUUCUCUGUGGUGUGCAGUGUUUGGUUCUUCACCCACCCUUCCUCAUGUAGAUGAAAUUCCCUUUUAAUUUUAGAUUAUUGAGUGUUUUUAUCAUGAAACAGUGUUAAAUUCUGUGAAAUGCCUUUUUUGCCUCAGUGGAGAUGAUAAGUGGGUCUUCUCUAUUCUAUUAGUGUGAUGAUCAUAUCAAUCAAUCUCCAUAUGUUGCCAUAUUUCAUUCCAGAAACAGAUCCUACUUGGCCAUGUUGUAUAAUACCUUAAAUAUGCUUUUGAAUUUGUUUUACUAGG